AAUAAAUUGUGCAAGUGCAUGAAAAGUCGCACAUACCAAUUUUUUCUUUAUGCUCUCCCUCUUACACCAAAUGAAAUCCAAAACCAAUGCGAAAUAGAAGAAGACUCAAGGGUUCCUUUUUGUGUGCUGGAAUUCUAAUUGCGAACUCUAACUCUUUCAUCGCUGCUCGUGUCUCUUUACUUUAUCGUAUCAUAUCAAAGAAGUCAAACAUCAAUACGGGAAAGUAAAAAUGCAAAUUUCGAUAAUGUUUUCUGAGUAAUCAAAAUCAUCUGCAACUAGGCAAAAAUGUCGUGGUUAGGAGGAGGUCCUCGCAACGGGUCUUUUGCCGUUCCACAAAACCAAGCCCCUUUCACUUCGUCCUCGAAUCUUCAGAGGGGUGGAAGCAGCGCAUCCUCGUCGAUGUCGAACACAGGUAUCAAUGGAGGCGCGGCAACGUCUACCCCUUCACGGCCACAGUUCGCCUUUGGAGGUACAACUACAGGCGGACAUGCGAGUACGGGGCCGAGCGCUGCUUUGUCCCUUCCCGUGCCGCAGGACAAUGUGGUAGACGAUGUUGCUUCGUCCUCCACCGCAUUCAAUGUAGGAGAUCCAGUCUAUGUCUCUGCUCCCGAGCACGGGUACCUGGCCGGUACCGUUGUGGAGACCCUGCCAACACUUGUAGUCGAGUGCGAGCCCGAUCCCGAACGAGGUAUCGAGCGUGCGCGUCUCCAGGUCGGUGCUGGUGCGGAUCAUUUCGGCCGUCCCGGCACACCAACGCGUCUUGGCACGCCGACCGGACAGCGGCCUGGCACGCCGACUAGACCUGGCACACCCGGUACGAAUGCGUUCGGUACUGGCACGACUGCAGCAGCCCGGCAAGUGUUCCCACGGCCAAAGCCUGAGGAAGCUGUGAACAAUAGGCAAGGUAGCAAAAACUGGCGCACGAGCCUGCUCGGCGGAGGAUCUAGCACUUCUGCGGUUGGCAGCAAUAAAACGGGGACAAGCGGAGGGCUGCGACUGUCAAACAGCGGGAGCUUCCGAAAUCGGGUGGGAACCGCCGUUGCGGUGGGGAAGCCCGACUGCACAAGCCUGACCCAUUUAGACGAAGCGAACAUCCUGGAGAACCUGCGAGUCCGGUAUUGUGAGGACCAAAUUUACACAUUCACGGGGGCGGUGUUAUUUGCAGUGAAUCCCUACAAGCCUGUCUACCUUGACACGGACCAGAAGCGCUUGGAAUACAAAAACCUUACCAACAUCCACCAGCGACCGCCGCAUCCCUACGCCCUGGCUGAUCUUGCCUAUCGACAACUGCUUUGCGACAAGGAGAGCCAGGCGAUGGUCAUAUCGGGGGAGUCGGGGGCCGGGAAGACGGAGACGGCCAAGAUGGUCAUGAAGUUUCUCGGCGAGCGCUCUCGCACGGAACAGAGCCAAGCAGCUUCCUUGCAAGAGAAGAUUCUCUCUGCGGCGAAUCCUUUGCUAGAGUCAUUCGGAAACGCAACAACUAUCAGGAAUGGUAGAUUUUUCGUUGUUGGUCAUCACGAUCAAACCAUCUAGUUGUAGUUUCCCAAAUAGCUUAGGUGCAACUGCAAGACACUCAGGCGUAGUAUUCGAUUUUUGGCCGAGAUGGACUGUAUUUGGUGCUCAUGCUAUAGAUAGCAUUUCUACUUUCUACGGUAGUACUAUCACAUCAGCUCCAAAAAAAUCCGAAAUAAUUCGAUAAACAGGAAACUCGUCGAGGUUUGGCAAAUACAAUAACCUUUGCUUCAACGCUGUCGGGAGCUUGGUGGGGGCCGAGGUCCGUACAUACCUCUUGGAGGCCAGCCGCGUACUGAACAGCGCCGAAGCCGAACGAACGUACCCCUUGUUGAUUUGAUUUCGAUGCAGUGAGCAGUGGCUGCAAAUCUUUGCGCCUCCUCGGUUACAGCUUUUCUCGGAUCUUGGAGCUGUAGGUGUACUCUAGUCGCUUUGGAUCAUGCCUGGACCUGGUUUUAGUCCUUCAAAUAAAAACGAAAACUGUUUUAGUUACAAAAGUACUCAAAAAUGUUUCCCUCCAAAAUGCGCACACACACACGACACUACUAGGUACCACGUUUUCUACGAGUUUUUCGCGGGUGCGGAAAACCUGGAAGACUACUUUCUGCUCCCAGACGGUGAGUACAACUUGCUGAGAACCCGGGCGAAGGCGCGAGACGAUGCGGACAACUACAAAGUGCUGAUCCAGAGCCUCGAUUUUGUCAACGUGAAGGACCAGGAACAGGGCGACCUGCUCUCCGUGCUGGCCGCGUUGAUCCACCUCGGCGAAGUGCGGUUCAAGGACCGGGAACACGGCAUCGAGGGCGAGCUGGAGAUGGCGAACAAGGAGCAUUUCGACUACGCCUGCGCGCAGGCGGGGUUUGACGACGUGACGCUGUACGACCACUUGACCACGACCAAAAACACCAUCGCGCGGCACAUGAAGGACUCGAUCUGCCUGAAACACAACACGAAGGACCAGGCCAACGGGAUGCUGCAAUCGUUGAUGAAAAUCCUCUACAGCCGGCUGUUCGACUGGAUGGUGGAGAAAGUAAACCGUGCGGUCAAGGUAUCCAAGAAAAAAACUGUGUUAGUGUAACUGUCUUUGGCUGACAGCAUCACAAGUAUGCUCUACAUGACAGAGAAAACCUGUCAUGCGUGGGUCGUAAGGGAAAACACACACGAAAAGAGGACUUCAUGGUCGUUUGGCAUGACAGGUGUAACUCUGUUGCAUGUUCUGCAUCACAGAGUUACACUUACGCCGUUUUUUUCUUGCAUACAAGGACACCAGCAAGGGCGAGGCGCACCGGAAUUACAUCGGGAUUCUGGACAUCUACGGCUUCGAGCAGCUGCAGUCCAACUCCCUGGAGCAGCUGUGCAUCAACCUGGCGAACGAGCGGCUGCAGCAGUUCUUCGUCGAGAAAGUGUUGGUGGCCGAGCAGACCAUGUACGAACGCGAGGGUCUGACCUGGAAGCCGAUCCCGCUCCCCGACGCGCAGCCGGUGCUGGACGACGUCCGCUUUGUGCUGGCCGAGCUGAACGACUUCAACAAGCAAGCCAACAAGGGACUGCAAACCGCGACGGACGAGAAGUUCUGCGAAAAAAUCCACAAGGAGCGGCGCAAAAACGUGCAGUUUCCCUUCAUCGGCAAGAAGGCGGUGCAACGCGCCGGGCGGGAGCAGGCGUUGGCCCAAAACGCCGGCUUCGUCAUCCGGCACUAUGCGGGUGAGGUGGAGUACGAGACGCGGAGCUGGAUCGAGAAAAACAACACGCGCAUGAAAACGGGACCCGAACAGGUGAUCCGGGACAGCGUGAACCCGCUGGUGCAGCAGCUGCAGGACGAGGAGGCGUGCAACCUGGCCGACAACCCGACGGCGAAGACCAUCGGGAAGAGCUACGUGACGAAUUUGGAGAAGUUGAUGGAGACACUGGACAAGUGUUCCCUGCACUACAUCCGCUGCUUCAAGCCGAACAACGAGCAGCGGCCGAACUACUGGCAGGGGCAGACCAUUCUGGAGCAGAUGGUGCAAUCGGGGACCAUCGAGCUGGUGCGCGUCAUGCGCGACGGCUACCCGAACCGGUGCCCCUUUGAGGACCUCUACCACCGAUUCACGCCGCUGCUGCCGCCCGAGUUUAGCGAAAACACGGAUCCACGCAUGUUUGUGGAGUCCCUGAUGCUUGCCUUUGACGUCCCGCUGCGGGAGUGGACCCUGGGCACGACGCGGUUGUUCCUCAAAGCGGGCCGCAUGGCGGUGCUCGAGGCGCUUAAGGCUUCCGGUGCGGAGGCCAGUGGACCAGUGCUGAAAAAGCUGCGCAAACUCGUCUGGAAGAAAAAGCUUCGCCGUUGCCUCAACGUCAUCCGGUUCAGCAUCCACCUAAAAAACAUAAUGAAGAACGUGCGGAAAAAUGCGAUCCGAAUGGGUCUAGUACGCGUCACGCGAACGUAUCUGCGGUUGAUGCGCUGGGCGGGGCGCGCGAGGAUAUUUCUUAGGAACAAGCGGCUUGCAACGCUGGCAUGCAGGGUAAGAUGUAGAAGAUGUUGAAACGCAAAGAUUUUUCGGAUGUGGGGUCUUUUGUGCUCCUUUGAAUCAUGAAAUCCAAAUCCGCUCUGCAUUCGGUUCUUUCGGUAGGCAAAAAAAUAAAAAAUACCACGACAACAGGUCCACAAGGCGGUCCGGGUCGCCAUCGGGCUAGACGCGUGGUUGUGCCGCACAAGGGUUCGGCUCGCCGCCCAGCGUUUGUUGCGGCACUUGUGGCGGAUGUUGCUACUGACGGUGUACGGCCGGCGAUACAUCACAAAGAAUCUGCGGCCCCGCCUGUACACUGCGGCGCGCCACAGAGCACGUGUCCAGACGUUCGUGCACGAGAUAUUUCGCAUAUCACUGCUGAAGAUGUACAUGCGCAAUGUGCGGCUGGAAAAGAAGGAAAAAAUUGAGGAGCGGAAGCGGCAGGAGGAGGCCAGGCGGCGCGAAGAGGAAGAAAGGCAGCGCGCCGAAGAGGAAAGGAAGCGCUGUGCACAGGAGGAACAGGAGCGCCUGAAGCGGGAAGAGGAGGCCCGUCUCGCACGCGAGGAGGCUAAGCGGCUGGCCCGGGAAGAGGAAGAACGCCGUGCCAAGGAAGAGGCGGAGCGUCUUGCAGUCGCAGCGGAGCAGAAGCGUCAGUACGAAGAAAGAAAAAAACGCGAGCUGGAAGAGCAUCUGCAGGCAGCCCUCAAGGAGCAGGACGGAACCCUACAGGCGCGAGCGGAAUACAGUUCGGAGCUGCAAAAAAUUGCGGAAGAGCGCCGCCGAAGAGAGCGAGAGGAGGAGCAGCUUUGGGAGGAACAGUUGGACGAAGCAAAGAAGCUGGAGCAGGAAGCCAUUCACCAGCGCAAACGCCAAAGCAGUGCGGCUUUCCUGCAUCAGCGGCAGCAGGCGAAAAGAAGCGUGCAGGUACUAAACCUAAGUAAAAAGUAGAAGUUCGUUGUACAACCUCGUUUCCAUGCUUUCAGCACCACGUCGUCCUGACCAAAAACUGAACGUAUUUGUAUGUAUCUCUAACUCAGAAGAAACAUUCACUAUUUGAAACUGACAGCUCUUCCUGACGGUGGCUUGGCUGAAAGUGUUUCUGGUACGGAGGCGAAAGCAAAGAACCGAGAACAAGCAAGUGGCCAUUCAAACCCCAAACCUCAGUAUGAUCGAAGGCUUUUCGCCCCUGCAAGGUGCGGCGAAUGCCACCGUCGACGCGUGCAGCCCGCUAGCUCUCGACAGUGCGAAUGACAAUGACAUUUUGCCGCCCCCAGCGGCUAGUAAAGGCACGACCGGCGCCGGCGAAGCAGGGGCCAGCAUGCGCCGAGCAAGCGGCAGCACAGCGCACAUCAAGCUGCGGUCUUCUGGUGUCCACGACAUUAAAAACGAACUCCUUGGAUCAUCCGAGAUUCCGUUUCCCCGGCGUACGAACGAACUCGAGGUAGAACCAGGUGGCCGCGACGAGCAUCAGCCGGCAUUUGUGGGCACCGGUGGGGCAACGUCUUCCACUGCUCGCCCGAAGACAGGAGCCGCUGUGUCUUCCAAGGCAAAGGGGAAGAGGUCGGCCGCCGAACAGCGCGCCCGCAUGGAGGAGCUGGCGGUGCCGAAAAAUUACCAAGUGAGCACGCUGAAAAAAUUCAACGACUUCAGCCAUCCCGUGCCACAGGCACCGGCAUCCUCGAGCACCAUGAACCGCGGUGGCGCGGUUGUGCGCGGGCGUAGUAGAAGCUUCGACACGUACCAGCCGCCCCAGCGUAUCACCUACUCGCGCGGCGCUACGCCGACGGCCCGCGGGGCAGCCGGCGUGGCCUUCGGACGUGGUCGGAGUGGCAGCAACGACCUGUUGAACCCAGCGGAAAAUAUCCCAAACAACCAUCGAGCGGCAUCUCGGCCCAGAACCAGAAGCCACUCCGGAGAGCGCGCACGUAUUCUUGUUGCCACCAGGCAGCUAUUUUUUUCUACAUUGACUUUGUAGUCCACAUUCUUCCUUAUGUUGCCAUAGAAUGACUGCCCGUGGUCGUGAGAACAAGUGCCGGCUCUUGUAUACUCGCUCUACUUCGAUGCUUAGUUGUUAGUUGCGGUCAAUUUGUGCAGUCGUAGUUGUUCUUCUAGUGAGCAGAUAGGUGCAGGGUGGGAUUGUAGCAAAUUCAAUUUCAAAUGAGAAUGAAUGCGCUCUACAGUCAGAUGAAAAUAGUAUUUUAUUCUGACGAUGUGUGUUCUUGCGACCACCGGCUGCAGUUCCUUGCCAUCAUUUUCUCUCUUCAACUAUCAGGGUCUGCUUCCGCGCCGCGUUCAAUAUCCGCCGGUGCGAGAGCAGGUUCGGGGCCGCUGCGACAGGAAAGCAAACCGCCAUUCCGCAACGCAGUUUCGCCAGCACGUGUGCCACUAGGUCGGUCCAGCUUCCGCCAGCCUUCGCCUUUGGCUGCGUCCAGUUCUGCACAGCAAAUUGGCUUUGGAGCAAACACUCUCGCUCCUGCUGAAUCAAGUAAUGCUCGUCAUGAGCCAGAGCUUGACCAACAAGAGGGUCGCGCUAGCGGUCGGGAUGCGUCUCCGAAAGCAGCAGCUGCAACAUUGUUUCCGCCAACUGCAAGUGCUGGAGAGCCAGAAGUGCAGGCGGUGCACUGCGAUCUGAUGACGCGUGGCGUGAGCCCGAACGCGCGGAGUGGUGCUAGCAGCAGAAAAAUGUCCUCGGUGUCGCCAAGCAACACCAGGGACCAACGUCUUCAAGACCAGGCUGCGCCGCGCCACAGCGGCAGUGGCAGAGCGGAAGGGGUGCCCGCGGUCGCGGAGCUUCCCGUUGCUUCUGGAGGAGCGGGGCUCGUCGACCUGAUCGGAUUCGGAACCGCUCCGCUGUCAGCAGAGGGACGUCGAUCCUCACAAAACGAACCGAUACCGAAUUCCGCCCGAAGCAGACUCUCCUCGUCACCGCGACCUUCGUCAGAUAAAGUUUCGUCCCAGCCCUUUGCGGCUGCGACUGCCUUCAAAGCAGCAGCCAGCACCGUUCCAGCCGGCGCUCCCAGCCGGCCUCAAAGCACAGAACGCGGGAAGAAGAGGAGCGCAACUGCCAACAGAUCCAACAUCAAUCUGACCCAGCAGAACUUUGCGUUUGGGAGUAGGGUGAAUUCCGCCCCGAAGGGAGGACCACCGGCGAACGCGAGCAGCACUCCGUCGAGAAGUAACAACUUUGCCCCUGCAGCACGGCGAGGGACGGCGGGCUCUUCCUCUGCACAGCAGAAGAACACCGCCCAGCAGAGCAGUCAGCUGAACGCUUCGUUUCAACGACCCAACUCUCCACGGAACGGGAAUCGUGGCCCAAACAGUACUGCUCGAUUCGUCCGACAAGUAUCGCCGCGGAUAGAUACCGGGCUCCGGGGUCCGAGACCGCAAGCUCUGAGCAAGAAUCCCAGCGCGGCAGCCCUACAGCCAGCCGGCUUUUCCGCGCGGACACGACCGGCAAUCGAGCCGAUCGCCAAUAGCAGAAGUGGUGGUGGUGGUGUGAACCAUUCAUCCGCCGCAUCAACUUCGAACCUUCGCCACAACACCCCCCACGGUGCGCCACCGGUCGUUUUGAAACCGAAUGGCAGGAACGUGAACUCUGGGGCUGGAGCAGCAACUAGUUCUUCGGGUCGUCAUUUCGAGCAGGCCUCUGCUGGCACCGGGCCAGCCUCAGGUGGAGGAUACUCGUCGCAAGGCACGUCCUACUUUCCGGGACACAACAGGAAUCCGCUGGCAAGCACGAGCCGUACCGGUUUGAACAACAAUUUCAAUCUCGAGACAAGUUUUGCGCGGUCUCGGAGUGGCAGUCGAGAUCGUGACUUCCGGAGUCACAGCCGCGACCGCGGAGGACAAGCGGCAGCACGUGGUGCUCAGGCCCCCAAGUCCUCUUCGCGCCAAGGCAGCAAUAAUAGCCGCGACCGCGACUACCGAUCGAACAGUGCUGGCCCGCGAUCGCGUGGCAACACUGACGAGAAUGUUGACCCGAUGGCGAACAUUCAACCGCCGAUGCAGCAUGCUAGCUCUUCCUCGUCGUCUCAGCAACACAACUUGAACUUCCUGAGUCAGAGUUUGAACAACGCUGCGCAAAUAGGCCAGCAUCAAAGCAAGGCGCUGAGCACGACGGCCGCUAAGAACACGAAACCCGAUCAGCCGCGGAAGCUCUCUGCGGCUUCGGGCACCGGUGGGACAAGUAAAAACGCACUGAUGCGGGCUUCGCCACCGAAAGGAGCUUUUGGAAGGCCCCCCCGCGUGACGGGCGGAUCCACUAUAAUGCAACACUCCAGCGCGGGACCCGCGAGGUCGGUGCGCGGGCGACAUGGCUCUGGUGAAGGGUCAUCUGAUUAUCCUCCUGUCACAUCCAAGCUGCGACAGCCAAGCCUGCGUUCGAUGUCCAGGAGUAAAGCGUCCCAGGAUCCACAUCAGUUGUAGCGACCGCACGAAAAUCAAAUAACAGCACUUGUUGCAGUUAUUGCGAGGUGGAUCUAACUACAUCUUUCACGUACUCGUCCUGCUGGUACUAGUGCGUAGAUCAAAUCUUCAAGACGGAGCUAGCAGACCCAUUCGGUUCACCCAGAAGAUGGCAGAAUCAACCGUGAUCCGUGAAGAUAGAGAUUGAUAAACCAGUUGUGCGGCAUGACUUUGACGACACUUCAACUGAAAACAAUAUCAAGGACUUACUUUGGUUAUUUUGUUGAACAUGCUAAACUAGAUUAUCUGUGGUAUCCGACACUCCUCGAUAUGAAUAGCUAGUGCUCUUUGUAGAGCCAUUCUCAUUGUAAAAGAAGAAACUCAUCUGUAUUGCGCUACCGUUAUCCCUUUUGCUCGUUUUCUUUGAAUAAACAAUAAAAUAAAUUCAAAAACUAUCAAGCGUUCUUCGCCAAGACUGAGACACAAAUGUAAAAAAAUCAGGCCAGUGAUGUGUCCGCCCCAUUGCUGUGCCUCAAUCCGCGGCAGCUGAAUUUACGGCUGUAUCGAGCUUCAGAAUUAAGUAAUUUGUAUCCCCCCUGCUCCUGUUGGAGAUCCAGGAAGCCAAGUUUCAACUAAAGAACUCAGCGCUCGUAUCUUAAAUCGCUUUACACGUACUACAACACAAACACUUUUCUGAAUCCUUCAACCAACACGUAUUGCGACUAGCACUAGCGGUACUCGUACAGGAAUCCCGCAAUUAAUUUACCUAUACCUGUAUGGAACUGAUCCCGUCUCACGUGUCCGCGAGACUGCAAAAUAUAAAUCUGCCGCUGCUCCUGUGGUAGUUCAGCGAUAUUACUAAACGUUCGGUAGAGACCAAGGUCAGAAGUUCAACUUCAAAUUCAAUUGCAAUCUUUUCCUUGACCAAGACGACCAUAAGAAAGUGGCAUUCAGUUUCU